GCGAGCGGCCCGCCCGAAGCCUCCUGCGCUGCGUCCCGGCCGAGCAUGCCUCUCCCCGGGCUGCUCCCGCUCGCCCUCCUGGCGCUGCUCCCCGGGGGAAACCCGCUGCCCCGGUCCGCCCUCCUGCCCUUCGGGGACCCCUUCGGAGACCGGGAGGUGCCCUCCGGAGACGACGAGACCGCCCCCGCCCCCGCCCCGGACAUGCCCUUCUUCCAGGCGCGCUUCCACCACCUCUACGUUGGGACCAACGGGAUCAUCUCCACCCAAGACUUCCCCAGAGAGACACAGUAUGUGGACGACGACUUCCCCACGGAUUUCCCUGCCGUCGCUCCCUUCUUAGCCGACAUUGACACCAGCGACGGGAAGGGCCGGAUUUAUUACCGCCUGGAUGAAUCCAAAGCGGUGUUGGAUCAAGCUGUGCGGCUGAUUCGGGCUGGAUUUCCUGCUGCUUCCAACUUCGACCCUCAGUACGCCUUCAUUGCUACUUGGGACAAUGUCGGAGCCUACGAAGAAGUCGCCCGGAACGCAGAACCCUCCAAGCAGCGCAAUACCUUCCAGGCUGUCCUAGCCUAUAAUGCUUUGGACACUUAUGCUCUUUUCCUUUAUCCCGAUGAUGGGAUCCAGUUUUAUGGAACACGCCCCAAGGAAUCCUACAACGUCCACUUGGAGCUCCCGGCCCGGGUGGGCUUCAGCCGAGGGGAAUAUCAGCGCCGGGAAGGACCCUUCUACAGCGUCACCACCAGCGAGAAGUCAGUCAAAAACCUCUACCAGUCCAGCAAUGCCGGGAUCCCUGGGGUCUGGGUCUUCCAUAUUGGCAGCUCUUCCCAUUUGGAGAAUGUGAUCCCAGCUUCAGUUGGGAAAAGCCCUUUGCCAGAACAUCUAGAGAGGUCGGCUGUGGAUUAUGACUUCCUGGAGCCCACCUUCCCGAGUUCGAUAGUCGAUUAUGCUGAUGUCUUCUACGAAGAAGGCGAAGAAGAAUAUUUGUCUGUCACGACGACAGAACUCCCGGCGUCCGAUUUGGAGACGUGGCCGCCCGACUCUUCCUUCAGCCUCGAUGACCGCCUCGAUUCCUCUGAGCCAAGGCAUUCCGGAGGGGCAACGCUGGAGUUGGAACCCGAGUCCACGGUGUAUAACCCGGCCGCCAGCCCCCUUCCUUCGUACCCGGACCUGGAUGCCGUCCUGCAAGCCCUUGGCGAGCAAUUACCAACCGCAGCACCUUCUGUAUCAGAAGAUGACUCCGCCAGUCCCUCCGUGCCGUGGGUUUACGAGAGGCCGUUUGAGGCGGUGACGGCGGUUGUGCUGGGAGAGGAAGACAGCGGACCCCCUGCGGAGGCGGAGAACUAUCCUGUCUACCCUGAGGGGGAGGUUAUUCUCGAAAGCUUCCCCGAUAACGCCCCACCCUUCAGCCCCCGGAGACGGGUCGUUGGGGUCGAUGAAGACAUUACUUUUAACCCAGAUGGGUUCACGUACAGCGCUCCCAAUGUUGAAACCUGCGAGACUCACCACAGCCAGUGCUCCCCGCAUGCCUUCUGCACAGACUACAGCACCGGUUUCUGUUGCCAUUGCCAGUCCAAGUUUUACGGAAACGGCCAGCACUGCUUACCGGAAGGUGCUGCUCAUCGCCUGAACGGCAAAGUCAGUGGAGUCCUGCUUGUGGGACGGACGCCUGUGCGCUUCGGGGACGUUGACUUGCAUGCCUAUAUCGUUGGCAAUGAUGGGCGAGCGUAUACGGCCAUCAGCCACAUUCCUCAGCCGGCCGCUCGCUCUCUCAUGCCACUGGCUCCCAUCGGGGGCUUCUUUGGCUGGCUUUUUGCACUGGAGAAACCUGGCUACGAAAACGGCUUCAGUAUUGCUGGUGCUAAAUUCACUCACAGCCUUGAAGCCACUUUCUAUCCUGGAGGAGAAACUGUUUCCGUCAAGCAAACCGCUGAUGGAUUGGAUGCCGAAAAUUAUCUCAGCAUUCGGACUGAAAUUCAAGGGCAGGUGCCUUAUAUUCCGGAGAAUUUUACUGUCCACAUCGCACCUUACAAGGAGAUCUACCAGUACAUGGAUUCAGCGGUGGUAUCGACGUCUUACCGGGAAUAUUCCUUGUUUACCUCUGGGAGCCUCAACCAAACCUUGUCCUACCGUCUGCGCCAGAAUCUCACCUACCACAGCUGUCCCCACGCAAGGCACCACCUCAGGACUCCGUCCACACAGCAGCUUACUGUGGACAGGAUAUUCGCUUUGUACAACGAGGAGGAACAAGUGCUCCGUUAUGCUGUCACCAACCAGAUUGGGCCCCUUGGAGAUGAUUCUGGGAUGGUCGCUCUGAACCCAUGCUACGACGGGACCCACUCGUGCGACACAACGGCACGGUGCCAGCCUGGCUCUGGUUUGGAUUACACCUGCGAGUGCACAGCUGGCUACUAUGGGGAUGGGAAAGAAUGCACAGAUAUCAACGAAUGUGCCGCGGGCAUCAGCCGCUGCAGCCCCGAGUCGGUCUGUGUCAACACGGUGGGCAGUUACCGGUGUGAGUGUCCUCCUGGGUACGAGCUUGCAGCAGACCGGGCCACUUGCCUAGUGGUUGUCCCACCAUCCAAUCCGUGCGAAGAUGGCACCCAUAACUGUGCCACAGCAGAUCGGGCGCGAUGUGUGGCCCAUGAACGUGGUGCAUUCUCCUGUGUGUGCCUUCCUGGUUUUGCUGGCAAUGGGCACAACUGCACAGAUGUGGAUGAAUGUGCAGAAGGGCAAUGCCACCAAGCAGCCACCUGCCACAAUUCUCCUGGGUCCUUCUCUUGUCGCUGCCGGGAUGGCUACGAAGGCAAUGGUUUCCACUGCUCACCAGAGACCUUGCCUCCAGCCAGGACCCGCUGCCAACACCAGCGGUUGUAUGCAAGCCAGAGGGGGCCGUCCCUCCCGGGGGGACCCCACGUACCCGAGUGUGACGAUCAGGGGAACUACCGGCCACUGCAAUGCCACGGCAGCACCGGGAUGUGUUGGUGUGUGGACAGGGAUGGCAAUGAGGUCCCCGGGACGCAGGUGCCUCCUGGCGCUCCUCCACCGCUUUGCAGGGCUCCAGAGCCGACCCGGAGGCCGCAGACGAUGUGUGAGCGCUGGAGACAGAGCCUCCUGGAGCAUUAUGGGGGCAACCCACAGGACGACCAGUAUGUGCCCCAGUGCGACUCUCAGGGCCACUUCAACCCCUUGCAAUGCCACGGGAACAGCGGCUACUGCUGGUGUGUGGACGAACACGGCCGCGAGGUCCAAGGCACGCGGUCGGAGCCUGGUGUCCCUCCACCAUGCCUGCCCAGUGUUGCUCCUCCGACGGUUCGCCCUUCUCCUCGCCCCGAUGUCAUUCCACCUUCUGCGGGGACCUUCCUCCUUUACGCUCAGGGCCAGCAAAUUGGCGCUUUGCCCUUGAACGGCACCCGGCUGAAGAAGGAGGCUGCCAGGACCCUGCUCUCCUUGCAUGGAUCCAUUGUGGUGGGGAUCGGCUAUGACUGCCGGGGAAAAAUGAUGUACUGGACAGAUGUGGCGGGACGGACCAUCAGCCGGGCGAGCCUGGAGCCGGGGGCAGAGCCGGAGGUUGUCAUCAGCUCAGGGCUGAUUAGUCCUGAAGGCCUUGCCAUCGACCACCUCCGAAGCACCAUGUUUUGGACGGACAGCGGCUUGGACAAAAUCGAGAGCGCGAGGCUGGAUGGCACAGAACGGCGAGUCCUUUUUGCCACAGACCUGGUCAACCCUCGCGCAAUAGCCGUGGAUCCCAUCCGUGGGAAUCUUUACUGGACAGAUUGGAACCGUGAAGCCCCCAAAAUCGAGACGUCCACCGUGACGGGAGAAAACAGGCGGAUUCUGGUCAACCAAGACAUUGGGCUGCCCAACGGCUUAACCUUUGAUCCUUUUUCCAAACUGAUUUGCUGGGCGGAUGCAGGAACCAAAAGGCUGGAGUGCGCCUUACCUGAUGGAAGGGGAAGGCGGGUCAUCCAGAAUAACCUCAACUACCCCUUCAGCAUCGUCAGCUACGCCAAUUACUUCUUCCACACAGACUGGAGAAGGGAUGGGGUAAUAGCCGUGAACAAAGACAGCGGCGCUUUUACAGACGAGUACCUUCCAGAGCAACGGACGCACCUCUACGGAAUCACCGCCGUCCAUCCCUACUGCCCAGGAGCAAGAAAGUAAACUCCCUGGUACCUGGCAGAGGAGCAGAGGGUUCAAAUUCCUCCACUAGGACGGCUGGCAGAAGAUUCCCUCCUCCUGAUACUCUUGUACAUAACGGAAGAGACUCUUCACAACUGCGUCCAGACCAACAGCCAUCUGUUACCAAAGGGAAUUAAGUCGUUUAAGCUUAAAGCCAAAUUAUCCAGUAUUUUUUUUUUGUAAAGUUAUACCUCAGAUCUGUACUACUGUAUUUUUAUUUUUUACAAAAAAGAACUUUUUAAAAAUCUAUUUGCCAAGAAGAAAUGGUGCUAUGGAUGACAGGAGCAAUUUAAGGAAAAAAUAUAUGACCAUAUAAGCAUAGUCUUACUCCAGGGUUAUUUUAUUGGAAAGAGACACGAUACACUUUGAAAUGGAGGAAGGAAGGAGGAACCUGCCUUAAGUCAAUAAGGAUGCCUUUUAGGACGGGCUUCUUGCAGCAGUGCCUUAACUGAUCAGCGUAAACACUGUGGCUGUAGAAGGAUGUGCCAUAUGUACUCAUGUAUAAGUCAAGGGCAGGUUUUGGGGCUCAAUUUAUGGAUUUAGAUGCAAUCUGUGGAUAAGCCGAAGGCCAUUCUGUGGAGAGGGAAAAGUGGUGGCAUUCAAAAAAGGCCAGAAGUGAUGUUAAGAGUAGAUAGAGGGAGAUUGGUGCUUCUUUUGGGUUCUCCCUCGAAGGACUCAGCUCUUGCCUUUUGCCACUUUCCUUAGAGAAGCGAAUGGACCCUUUUUUGAUAAGAGCUAUGGUACAAUACUUACUUUGACCCACAAAUAAGAUUACUCUUGUUUUUGUCAUCUAUUUUCCAACUAAAAUGUCUAGUAUUAUACAUGAGUAUUUAAAAUACUUUGUGUUAGGAGCCACGCAAAGUUAUGAAGGAUUAUUUUUGGAAACUCAAUGCUGUACCCGCCUCCUGUUGCUUCUGCCUUUUUUUAGUAUUUAUAUAUAUAAAAAUAUGCUGGAACAAAUUGGUUCAAAUUUAUCCCCUUGCCUUGGCCUUCAGGGAUUGCAUUAAGAGAGCGCAACUGUCAAUACCCACCUGUAUCAUUUCCUAUUUUCUAAGCUAUUUCAUGAAUUAAAUAAACACAAAUUGGACUUGU